AUGCCUCAUGCGACGACAAACAUUCUAGCGAUCGAGGGCGGUCAUGAUGUUACGGGUGAUAUACCUGUCUCUGGCUCCAAAAACGCUGGACUAGCUCUCCUGGCCGCAUCUCUAUUGGCGUCUGGACCAAGCAUACUUGAAGGAAUCCCGCCCUUAUCCGAUGUGGCCCGUAUGGGUCGUAUCUGUGAAUCUUUGGGCGCAAUUGUCGAACGCGCAUCCGAUUCCUUGCGGAUCGACACGACGCAUGUAGGCAGUCUCGAUGUUCCAGACCGCCUCACCAGAUCACUGCGAGCCUCCAUCUUAACCCUGGGUCCUCUUCUUGCGCGCUUUGGAGUUGCAAAACUAUGCCCCCCGGGAGGAUGCGCAAUUGGAGCACGGCCAAUCGAGGAACACGUGAAAGGGCUGGAGAAAAUGGGAGCUAAGGUCACUGUCACCGAGCGGUCCAUUGAGGCUUGCGCACCGUCGGGAUUACAUGGGGCCGCCAUUCAUAUGCAGACUCCAUCCGUGACAGGAACCAUGAAUUUAAUGAUGGCGGCCUGUCUCGCCUCUGGAGUGACGUACAUUUCCAACCCAGCCCGUGAACCCGAGGUGACCGACCUUGCCAAUUGUCUCAUUAGCAUGGGCGCGACGAUCCAAGGAGCCGGAACGGACCAUAUCACCAUCUGCGGGCGUGACAAGCUUCUCACCCCCUAUAAAUACACCGUCAUGGAAGACCGAAUCGAGGCAGGAACGUUUCUGAUUCUCGGAGCAAUGGCUGGGGAUCCACUGGCAGUGCAUAACUGUACUGCGGAGUACCAGACCGUAUUGAUCCAAAAGCUGCGUGCAAUCGGCGCUCAGAUUGACAUCAAUGAGAGAUCAAUCAUUGUCCGCAAGGCCAGGUGCCCUGUCGCUGCGGACAUCCAGACGGGCCCCUAUCCCGCCUACCCGACAGACCUUCAACCGCAACUCAUGGCACUGCUCUCGAAAGCGCAGGGCACGUCCCGGAUCACCGAGACGAUCUUCGAAGAGCGCUUCAACCAGGCUGCGGGGCUGAUCGCCAUGGGGGCGGAUAUUUGUGUGGAUGGGCAAGACGCCGUGAUCUCAGGUGUGCGAGAGCUAUCCGGAGGCAUGGUGGCUGCAACAGAUUUACGGGCCGGUGCUAGUCUAGUCAUUGCAGCCAUCGCGGCCAAGGGGCGCACCGUCAUUUCGGGUUCUCAUUAUAUUGAUCGCGGGUAUUAUGGGCUACAGAACAAAUUGAGGAAGCUUGGGGUGAAAGUGAGGCGACCUCAGAGCUUCAAGGUCGAUGACGGGGAGCGCAAAGUAGAGACUGCUCAGAUGACAGUUUCUACUCUCUGCUCCAGGUCCUAG